AUGUUUUGUAUUAUAACGGGCGUUGGUCUGCCAGUUGACUUAGAUCUAGAAACGGUGACAAUCGGUUAUGUGUUCAAGGCAGAAUUUUUCAUACCCACCAAUGUAUCGACAUAUACCAAUUUUAUAGCUGAUCCAUUUGAUGUAUCAACUCAACCGAUUUCAGUUUUUGAUCGACGUCGACGUUCACUUGAAGAACCAAAACCAACCGAAUUGCCCGAGAAAAUGCUAAUCGAUUCUCGUGGUUUCGAUAGUGAACAAAAUGAAAAGUACGAACAGCAUCAAGUUGAAGCAGAAGUAGUUGACAGUGGAACGGAGAAACCCAAUGAUUUCAAUGAAAUUGAUUAUGAUGAACUAUCGGUUCCGAAAGACCAUAAAUAUCAUGACGAUCCAAUGUCAUUGAAAGUUCCACAAAACACAGCAACAUCACGAUGGACACUUUAUAAAGGAAUAGCCGCGAUGGCUGAAAGUAAAGGGCUUGCUGGCAAACCGUGCGUACUAAGAAGUAUUUGCGAAUCGGCUCAUACACCAUUCGACUAUUCGAAUGGAAUUCUGGGUGAAAUAAUGCAUAUUGCUAUGUCGCCAUCAACUUCCCACGAUGAAAUAGUCGAUCACACGGAUAAUGAAUAUUUACACGCUGAAAAGUUGGGCAGCGAAGGUGCACCAUGCGAAUAUGUAUUCAAUGAAUGUAAAGCAUCACUGCUCGAGCAAUUUUCUGGUGUUUAUACACCGAUAAUGGAUACACUCAAGCGGAUCAAAAUAUGA